AUGGACGCUGAUCUUACUGAAAUUAUUGAAGAUCUGAUUCAACAGGUGGUGGAGAAUGAGGACUGGCGUAUAGGAACCGAUGAUGAGAACACGGCGCUCGACCGACCAGAAGAAAUUGAUGAAAGACGUCUACCCUAUGGAGAGGAGCACGCCCGCCGACUACAAUACAUUCUUGGAAAUGAGGAGGAGGAGGAGGUCGAUGAAGAGUUGGAACAAGUUGGAGGUGCCGCGGUGAAAGUGAUAAAUGUUCAUCACGAGAAGCAUGAAGGCGACUACGAGAAGUACUUCAAGACGGUGACGCUCACCGUAAAGCUCUCCGAUGCCAUAACGGUCGACCCACACGGCCCCGAAACAUUUGGCGAGACAAUUGUUGAGCUGGUCAAGAAAUUCCAACCGGAUCAUGUCAACGACACGACAAAGGUCGGAAUUACCUUCAAGUCGCUGGAGCUGGAUGCAGCCGAAGCAGUCGGCCUCUCAUUGACCCCUCUCAAGAUGGUCACUGGGGAGAAAGUGGUCUAUAAUCUGGAGCUGAUGACCCAAUCAAACAAGUCACCACUCGAAAUCCAGAACCCAACGCUGGAUAUCAUUCUGAAGUAUGUCGUACCCCCAUCAGGAUCGGGGAAACGAAAGUCGGGAUUUUCCAUGCGAGAUAUACUCGAUAGUGACAUGUUUGGAAAAAGGACACGGGUCAACAGCGAUGGUGAAAUGAUGGAUGACGAUGAAGAAGACGAUCUGAUCAUGGACGAGGCCGUAGAAGUUGACGACUCCGAAGAUGAAGCCCCCGACAUGGAUGCCGAUGAUGAUGAUGAUGAUGGUCCAGUAGUCAGUAGAAGAGGCAAGAAGUCGGUCAUCAUGAAGAAUGAGGUAAUUUAUGACUGCUUGUUCCAUGCAGUCUAUCAGUCAUUGAUGUUCCUACUGAAGAAACAUGGAGUCACACAUGAUGAGAGACAACAUGCCGCACGGAUGUACAGGCAAUCGUUGAAAAAGUCAGAUUCGACCCCAAAUCAAUGCCUGACGGUCUAUGUCGAAGUUAGGGAAAUGAAAAGGAAUUCUGGCAUCACGAAGAGGCAAAACUUCGAUCACGACGACAUCAAACAGCUCCAAGAGACGGUGUUUGCGGGGACGCACCAAAUCAUCGCAAUCGUCAAGGACCAACCCCAACCCUUCUUCGCGGGACCAUACGUUGGGGAAAACAAGACGAUCCCGAUUUACUUGGAAGAAAUCGAUGGAAUUGGACACUUUUCUGGUGUGCGAGCCCUCCCAACUCUCCUGAAGACCAAAUUCUUCUGCAAUCAGUGUCUCGUGAGGUGUGGAAGCUUCGCGACACACUACAAUUGCCCAUUAAGGCAUCGCCCAUGCGGAUCGAUGGAAUGUCCAUCGACACCGAACGACAUGGAAUUCUGCUGUGUGAAGUGUGAGAUGCUGUUCAGAUCGAAAAAAUGCCUCGACAACCACCUCGCAAAAGGGUCGAAGAGAGGAAAGAGUCGCUGUGACCACACGAAACUCUGCAAAAAGUGUGGAGAGGUCUACUAUACAAACAAGACCAAGAUAACUGCUCCACACGAUUGCGGCUUAAAGUGGUGCACACGGUGCAACAUGAAGAUGACCCCGGAACACAAGUGCAUCAUGGCGAUCUCGGUGAAGAAAACAAAUCUCACAUAUUUGAGGUUUGCAUGUGAUUUCGAGUGCAUGUUCGACCCCAUCACCAGGAAGCACAAGCCAGUCCUCUUCGUGGCUCUCCGAUACUGUCCAGAUUGCUCAGCCACCAUGCCGAAAACCGUUGAAGAGGCGUUAGGACUUUUCUGCCCAAAAUGUUCCCCUGAUGGCCGCUGCAAGCUUAUUGACUGCAUUUCAGUGGACAAUCGAUUUGUAAAUGUGGCAGAAGAAGCCGCGGAGUGGAUUUUCGCCCAGCACAACAAGGGAUUCGUUGGACUAGCCCACAAUGGAUCAGGGUAUGACUGGCAGUUCAUCCUCAACUACCUCAUAUCCAAAACGAAAGCCACUCCGACAGUGGUGACGGCUGGAACGAAAAUCAUAUUCAUUCAGCACAAAAACGUUAAACUCCUGGACUCAUACAAAUACUUGACGAUGAGCCUGGCAGCCAUUGGGAAGGCGUUCAAUAUUCCGGUGCAGAAAGGAGAGUUCCCGUUCCUCUUCAUCAAGCCGGAGAAUUUCGACUAUGAUGGGGUGAUGCCAGGAAACGAGUUCUACAACCUCGAGAACAAGACGCCAGCUGCCCGAGAAAAGAUCAUCAAAUUUCUUGAUGAGGCGCGCGCUCAACACCACCAAUUCAACUUCGAGAGCGAAAUCAAGAAGUACUGCUUCGAAGACGUCUUCAUCUUGGCGAGCGCAUUGAUACCAUUCGAAAAGGACUUCGAGGAGCUCACAAACGUCUGUCUUUUUGAGGAAUCAAUCACAGCCGCCUCUGCCGCAAUGAAGACCUUCCAAAGAAAGCACCUGACACAUGAGAAGCCAAUCGUCCUUGACGCUCGUCCAUCCGUGUCAAUCAAGUGUUCGGUGAUUUCUCAAAAAUACUUGGCCUGGUUCGGGAAGGAAGAAGACGUCGAAGUGGAGAUGUCCACCACUUUUGGCGAGCGGAAGGUCGGAAAGUACCGAGUCGACGGUUUCGUGAGUCCAUGCGCCAAAUUCCCAAGAGGUCUCGUCAUCGAGUUUUUCGGCUGCUACUUCCACGCACACAAGUGCAAGUAUGCUGAUCAAUCGUUGAUUGGCAGUAAAGUGGCCAUCGACAUCCGAAAUUCGGACGCCAAACGAAUCGAGGAGUUGGAAGCAAGCCACGACGUCAAAGUCGUUUGGGAAUGUGAGGUGGAGAAAGAGCGCCGAAUGAAUGCCGAGAUGGCAAAUUUCUUCAAUGACUAUGAACCACUCGGCAUGCUCGAUUGCGAAAGAGCACUCACUGGUGGUCGAACAGAGGUGUUCAAGCUCACCGUCACAAACAAGCGGGUCAGAAAACACUUUGGGGACGUCGUGAGUCUCUACCCGACAGUGAUGAAGUUUGAAGAAUUCCCGAUCGGAGCCCCAACAAAUGUUCGACGAUCGGAGUACACCGUACCGCUCACGGACCCCAGCGAAAUCCGCUUCAAAGGAUUCAUCGCCUGCCGAGUUGGAGCGCCAAAGGACCUCAAGGUACCACUUCUGGGGCUCAAAACAGGAGGAAAACUGUUCUUCGCACUCUGCCUCGAAUGUGUGAAGACCAACAAUCAGCUCAGGUGCACACACAGCGAUAAGGAGAGGAGCUUCAACGGAGUCUUCACCACAGCAGAACUCAAAAAGGCUCUGGAAUUGGGAUACGUCAUCAUCGAAAUCCAUCACGCAAUCAAGUAUGAUAACUGGGCCACAAAUGAUGCAGAUGGUGCAGGAGGUCUCUUCACGUCAUACAUCAAUGAGAUGAUGGCCGGAAAAAUCUAUGCAUCAGGAUGGCCAGAAGAUGUGACGACACCCGAAGAGCAGGACGCCUUCAUUGCCUCUUACAUGGCCCAAGGUAUCGACGUCAGCGACAAAAGCAAGUUCAAUCUGUCCCCACCACGCCGUCUCGCAACGAAGUUGUUGGUGAACUCACUGUGGGGAAAAAUGGCCCAGCGUGUGGAUAGAGCAGUCACGGAAAUCGUAGUCACGCCAGCAAAGUUCUGGAAAAUUUACUAUGACACGUCAAUUGUCAUAGAAGAUUUCUGGACUGUCAACAACACUGUGAUGAUGAGGACAACAAAGCAGGCUGAAACAUUGAAGAGUCUGAAGACAGGAGCCGUCCACAUUGCGGCAUACGUCACCUCAUAUGCCAGACUCAGGCUUUACAAGCUGAUGGAGAAAGUAGGAGCCGAAAAUCUGAUAUAUACAGACACGGACUCCAUCGCCUACACAGUACCACUCAAUGCAGUCGACCCUCUCAAGGAUGAAUAUGGACCAUUCUUGGGGCAGCUCACGAAUGAACUCAAAGGAGUGAUGACAGAGUUUGUUAGUCUGGGACCAAAGACGUACUGCUACAAGCAGACGCUGGAAGACGGGACCGAACAGGUCGUCCGCAAGGCAAAGGGCCUCACCCUCACUUCGGAGGCGGAUAAACGGGUCACUUUCGAUAUCAUGAAGAAGAUGGUGGAGGACGUCCUCGCUCAGGCUCCAGGAACCAUCGUCAGAGUUCCACAACAAGUGAUGAAGAGGGAUCGACUCCACAAUAUCUACUCAGGAAGUCAACAGAAGAUGCUGCGCUACACAUUCAACAAGCGCCGGGUACUCCAAGACGGCUCGACACUGCCACUUGGUUAUUGUGACUAA